CAAAACUCUGAACUGGUCGCCAGUCAGUCACAGGGCAUACAGUAUAUAUAUGAUGAGAGAUGAGGAAGUGUGUUUUUCAUUUAAUUGCGUAAUAAUUGUGCACACAAAUAGUUGCCUAAUAAUUGUCCACAUAUAGACAUUCUCAUAAGAAAGCCUAAACCUCACUUUUACGUUCUUAAACAUUCUAUUUUGAAUAUUUUGGAUUAACCUAAAGCACUCUGGUUGCUGAUUAAUAAAAUAAUCCUCAAAAAUGAGACUUGCCUAGUAAUUCUGCACAUGCCAUGAUUGUUUUUUUUUUUUUUUUUUUAUAAGGAAGUAGACUGGAUUAACUGAAACAUGCGGUAAAAUAUGACUAUGAAUUGUAUUAAAUAUUUAAAUACAUUUUCCAGGCAAUGGCUAGUGAAUACUUUUCAGUUUGAUUGAUUUUACUCCUCAACAAAACUGAGUAAUGUAAGUAAAAGUUCAUUCUUGUCUUCUGUGCAAAUGUCAAAUUUAGCCAACUAUUACAAUUAAUAAGGCUAUUAUAGUCUGCAUAGUCCGACAAACUACAGGUUGAUGUACUGUACACACCUGCUGUAUAUUACUGUUAGUUUGCAAGAAAGCUUUUGCACUGCUGAAAGAGUUUAAUUGUGGAAGAUAUCAUACGAACCAACCACAGCAUGCAGAGUGAGAGCACAAAAUUCAGGCCAACACACAAUAAAUAAUCAAGUCUAAUUCUUCAUUCAUUUUUGACCGAUUAGAGAAGCCCAGUGAGCUGUUUCAAAUCUGGAUUUUUUUAAAAGGACAUGGAUCAUUAUUUGCCAUUUGUUCUGCUGCCUUUCUUCCUGUCAAUGGCUCCAAAUGGAUGGUGUCAAAAAGAAGACAUUUGCUCAAAGUCCAUCGUAAACUCCUGCAAUGACUGUGUCAUAUCUGGGCCACACUGCGCUUGGUGUCAACAACUGAAUUUCACCAAAGCAGGUGAACAGGAGUCCGCACGCUGCGAUACCCGAGCUAAGUUGAUUGGAAGAGGCUGCAAGGAAGAAGAAAUUAUUAACCCUAUGAGCAGUCUACAAAUUGAUAGGGAUGAAUCUUUGUCCACAUCAUUCAAUAUGGAAGAGCCUAUUCAGCUAAGACCACAGAAGAUAAGUCUAAGAUUGCGACCCGGGCUUCCAACCACAUUUAGUGUUUCAUUUAAAAGAGUUCAGGGGUAUCCAGUAGAUCUCUACUACCUGAUGGACUUGUCUUUCUCCAUGAGAGAUGAUUUAGAAAAAGUUAAAGAAUUGGGGCAAGAUCUCUUUGCAGCUCUAAAAAACAUUACGGCUCAUGCGCAAAUUGGGUUUGGUGCCUUUGUUGAUAAGACAGUCCUUCCGUACACCAACACCAACAAAAACAAACUGCAGAAGCCAUGCGAUGAGAAUUACCAGUGUCAAGCUACCUUUGGGUACCGGCAUGUACUUAGUAUGACACCAAGGAUUGAGGAGUUCAAAGAAAAAGUCAGAGAGCAGUUAAUUUCUGGAAACUUAGAUUCUCCAGAAGGGAGUCUCGAUGCCAUGAUGCAGUCUGCUGUUUGUGGGGAUCAAAUAGGUUGGAGGAACAGUAGCACUCGACUACUUGUGUUGGCAACUGAUGAUGGAUUCCACAUGGCUGGAGAUGGAAAAUUGGCUGGUAUCCUAGAACCAAAUGAUGAACAGUGCCAUAUGAAAAACACCCUUUAUACCAAGAGCAAUGAAAUGGACUACCCAUCUGUUGGACAACUGGCCAUGCAGUUGGAAAAAAAACGUAUUCAACCCAUAUUUGCUGUGACAGAAGAUGUGAAAAACAUGUACAAGCAACUCUCCAGUAUGAUCCCAAAAUCUGAGGUAGGAGUUCUGUCACAAGAUUCAAACAAUGUGGUUCAGUUGAUUGAAAAUGCAUACAAGAGAUUGUCCUCCAAAGUUACACUUACCCAUGAUACUCUCCCUGAAAAUAUCAGGGUUGUCUACACUCCACGCUGUGAUGAUGCAAGACAAGAAGGAGACAACAAAGGAGUUUGUGACAAUGUUCACGUGACACAGGAGAUUUCUUUUGAUGUAACAGUAACAGCAGACUCAUGCAUAGAGAACCAGACAUUCUCUAUCAGACCACUUGGUAUCAAAGACACAUUGAUAGUGACCUUAUCUACAAGCUGUGAGUGUCAGUGUAAAGAUCCAAGAGAAAGUAGCCACCAACUUUGUAAUGGCAAUGGAAGUAUAAGCUGUGGUAUUUGCAGUUGCAGGGAACACUUUGUCGGUCAGUUCUGCGAGUGCUCCAUUGGCAACAAAGAUGAGAACUCCCUGAGAGGAUCAUGUCUGAGCCCAAGUGGCACUGAAUGUGAGAGUCAUGGAGAUUGUGUGUGUGGCAGAUGCCAGUGCCACACCACAGCAAGUGGAAGCAGUUACUACGGUGACUUCUGUGAAUGUGACAACGAACACUGUGAGAAGUUCCAGAAUAAAUUAUGCGGAGGGAAUGGUAGAUGCAACUGCGGAAAAUGUAAAUGCGACCUAGGCUUUGAUGGCUCAGCGUGUCAGUGCACAAAGUCAGAGGAGGGGUGUCGUACCCCAAAUAAUACCAUUUGCUAUGGCAGAGGAAAUUGCAAGUGUAACCGUUGUGAGUGUAAAAACGGAUACCAACGUCCACAUUGCCAGACAUGUCUUGGUUGCCCUGACCCCUGCCAAACCAAAUUAAAUUGCAUUGAAUGCCUUGGCUUUGAAUCUGGUCCUUUAAAAAAAAACUGCAGUCUUGCUUGCAAAGAGAGCAUUUCGCAUGAAAUGACAGAUCAGUUUACUAUUUCGAGCAAACUGUGCCAGCAAAAGGACUCAAACAGCUGUUGGAUCAAAUUCAAGCUUGAUCAACAGUUUGGAGAGGAUAAGUACAUGGCUGAAAUUCUGAAACAGAGAGACUGUCCAGAACUACCCAGUGUCAUGGCUAUCAUCGGGGGUUCAAUUGCAUCGGUGGCUCUCAUCGGCAUCUUGUUGUUAAUGCUGAUUAAGCUGCUUAUCUACAUGAAGGAUCUGAAAGAGUUCAGGAAGUUUGAAAAUGAAAAGAAGAAAUCCAAAUGGGCAGAGGCAGACAAUCCACUGUUCCAGAAUGCUACCACUACUGUGACCAAUCCAACCUUCACUGGAGAAUGAAAAUGAGGCACAGCCUCCUUCCUCAAAGCAAACACAAAAUGUGUUGCGUCAAAUUGAAGAUUUUUUUCUUGCUAAGAUAUUAAAUGUCCUUUCUGGUGUCUGAACCGAAAGGUUCUCUGUUUUUUACCGAUUAAUUUCCCCAAAAUAAUUUGCUUGGUUAAUUUAAAAAAGAAAUUCAGUUGACAAGGUUAAUUUUCAAUUUUCAAUUUUAGAAUUGUCUGCAAAGAAUUCGACAAAAAAACUGUAGUAAAUACUGUAUUUCUGCUUUCCUAUUUAAUUUGAUAUUGUUGUACCAUUUUUCCCAUUUUAUAUUUGGGAUCAUAUGGUGGAAAACACAUUUUAAUAUAUACUUCAUUCCCUCCAUUUUCUGUACCACUUAUCCUUAUUAGGGUCAAAAGUGUGCUGGAGCCUAUCCCAGCUGACUUUGGACGAGAGGCGGGGUACACCUUGAACUGGUCGCCAGCCAAUCGCAGGACACAUAUAGACAAACAACCAUUCACACGCACAUCUAAGAACAAUUACGAAUCUUCAAUUAACCAACCAUGCAUGCUUUUGGAAUGUAGGAGAUAACUGGGGUAGAUGUAGAAAAGCCACACAGGUAGACCAGAGCCCAGAUUUGAACGCACGACCUCUGAACUGUGAGGCAGAUGUGCUAACCAGUUGCUCACUGUGUCACCUUAAUGUAGCGCAGGCGUUGGGCCGAAAACCUCCUAUGUCCAAAUUUGGUAAAUUUCAAAUUUUUACACAAAUCAAUACUAUUGGUCAGUCCCCAUGUGUGAGUGUUACAAAUUAUUGACCAAUUACAAGUCAUGCCUCUUUUAUCGCUGGGUUUAUGUUGCAGAAACGCCGCAAUAAACAGAACCUGCUAAGUAGCAACCGAUAAUUUACUGUAUAUUUCUCAAAAUUUUAAAGUGUUAUAUAUGGAAUUCAAUUUCAAUAUCUGUGAUUUGUCCACUUAAGGUCGCCAUCCACACACUCAAAACAAGCACAUACCUUUAAAACGUGGGUUUGCUUAUCUUGAGUGGCAGAAGGUCGACCCAUGUUGACGUGGUUGUAGAAAAUCAAGCUAAAUGUUGCUUUUUACUUGCAUUUGUUUGUUUACUUGCUUAUUUUUGGCCCAACCAGUUCCAUAUUGUUAUAAGUGUGUGCAUUAGCUAUACUGUAAAUCAGGCUAGAUUGGUAUUUGUGAAUUUAUUUAAUGAAACUCUCACUGUGGCUUGUCGUGUUCACUGCAUUACUUAACAACUUAACAAUUGUGUGAGUUGAAAUUUCUUAGUAAGGUUUCUUUUUCUGCAGAGUAAAAGAACCACUUUGUCCUUAUGAAAGUCAUUUUGCCACAUUAUAUUCAAAUAGUCAGCAAUGCUAACUGAACCAAAGAUGUGCAGGAGAGUCACUGCACUCAACUGAUCAUCCCACCAAAAUUCCCCUGUGCACUGAAUCCGCAAUAAGUGAACCAUGAUAUAGCGAAGUAUUACUGUAUAGUGUUGAAAAUGACUUGCUGCAAUGUUAAUGGUUCAACAAAUGUGCUGUUUGUUUUUUUUUUGUUUGUUUGUUUUUUGGUUUCCUUAAAAUUUAUGGUUUUGGAGGUAUGAGGAUUCUGCCCCACGCCAGUAACACCUUUUAAUUGCAAAUCUUAUCUGCGUUUAUAUGGUCAUUUGUAUUUUGUUUCAUUAAAAGUCAAUUAACUUUU